AUGGUUUGUUGUAAAAAACAAAAUAAACUAAAUGAUAAUUAUCUUAAUAAAAUUCAUUCUCAUAUUGAUUUAAAACAAUUAGAAUUAUUAGAACGUCAAUUUAUAUUAGAUUGUAUUGCUGUUAGAAAAAUAUGUGAUGAUUAUUCUAAAGCAAAUCCAAAACAUGGAUCUAUUAUACCACCAUAUAAUGGACAAUUAGAUCCAUAUGCUAAAUCAUAUUUUGAAUCAUUAAAUAUACAAAAAUUAUUAGAAAAAACUGGUCAGACACCACCUGGAACAUCAAUUGAAGGUGAAAUAGCUGAUAGAUUUAUUAUAAAUGGUGCACCAACGGAUUAUAUUCGACGACGUAAUAAAAAUGGUUGUGGACAUUCAAAAGAAAUAUGGGGUGGACAUUGA